AUGCUCGAACGUGCCACUGGCUACUUCGAGACCGCGGGUCGGCGUUUCCUUCGAGAUUCUACGGCCGGCAUUCAAACGAGGCAAUCGAUAUCUCGACAUUUCUGGAAACAUAAUACCGGAGGAGAUGCCACCCACUGGUUUUUAGCCUUUACACACCCGCCGGACCAACCUACCAAUCUGAUUUCCAACAUCUCACCUCGAAGCAGAAGUCCUGCCGAUUCCAACUUGCCAUUCCUUGACUUCCUGUACCCUCCGACGCCUCAACAAUCCAAUAAAUUUCGUCUGUGUCGUCUUCCUAAGAGAGUGGGAUUACGCCGGCGAAAAAGGACGAUUUCCAGUCUUCGGAGAACGUACGUUUCAGAGGCCUCGAGUCUUACGAAACCAGUUGAACUCGACUACCAGCCACAAGGAACGCAUCUAGAGCAGGACAAUCAUACAUAUGCAUCUCCCAAGCCCAUAAAAGCCACGGAGGAUCUAUGGAAACACUUGAGGGCACGGCGAAGGAAACCAAAACAUUUUGAUAAUGCCUGGGUGCUCUUCAUCGCAGCCGGCCGCCCUCGAGAGGCCCUUUCUGAGCUCUGUGCCUGCUUGAGCAAGUCAAGCAAACCUACAGAUCUGGACCGGGCAUGGGAAGCCUUUUCAGAAUUGCAGAAUCCCUCUGAUGAGGAUUUUCUCAAUAUCACUCACUCUCAACUUCAAUCCCAAGAGCCGAAAAAGUUGGUUGAGAUAUGUUCUUAUGCCUUGAAGAUGCGACGUGGGCGACCUAUAUUUGCUCUGUCAUUCACACAUUUUCUCAGGGCUCAUGAAUGGGCCCUUGCAGAGAAGAUAUGGAUCCUUCGUUCUCAAUUCAACGACGAGCAGGACGCGCAGAUUGUUUUACCCAAUAAUGAGAUCCGAAUAGCCCCUGAAGAAAUAGAAGGCUUGAUGACAUAUCUCAUGGAGAAAAAGAGUGCAUCUGACUUUGACCCUCAGAAUCUUCGAGAUGUCACCGAAUUCCUAUUAGGUCGCAUGUCUACUUCUCUCAAUAUGUUGAAGGACACCCCAAUGGAUGUCCUAAACACGAUUAUGCAAAAGUCUCGCCGUCUGGGUCUCUCGAGCCUCCAGCAUUAUGUUAAUAUCAUCGAAACCCUCCAGUCGUCAACCGCCAGAUUGGACUUUGCGCGCUCCCUUAUAUUUUACCACCAGAUGCGAGUAUUCUUCUACAAACAACUGCGUACACAUGAUGUGCACUAUCACGCGCGGAAAGAGCUUUUGUCUCGCCAACUGAAAGUGCUUAUCCAUUUUGAGAUGGCAGAAAAUGUCCUCUAUUUCCUAAAUGAACUAACGCACUUCUAUGGAAAACCAAAUAUCCAGCAGUAUAAGGAUGUCAUGAAUAUGUUCGCUCGCUCUGGAGAUGUGUCGCAAGUAACCCUUGUAUUCAACAAGCUGGUGGCAGACUAUGGUAAGCCAAAGAGCCGUAAAUUGUUGAUUCCGCUGCUUCAUGUGCAUGCGGUGCUCGGCAAUGUGCCGGAGACGUUCAAUCAAUUCCAAAGAAUUCAAGCCGAAUUUCACCUUGAGCCGAACACAGUCUGUUGGAAUGUCGUUCUUACAGCCUACGCGGCUAAAGAAGAUUUGGCGGGAGCCUUUUCCCACUUUUCAAAAAUGGUUCAGGCCGGGGUCCAGCUUAACUCUCAUACAUUCGGCAUCAUGAUGAGCCUUUGUGCAAACAGAGGUGACAUUGCUGCCGUUCGCCAACUUCUACAACAAGCAGAAGAAAAGAAGGUGCCUGUUACCAUGACGAUGCUUGGCACGGUUGCUCAGGCAUAUAUUAGCAGUGGUCGUGUGGACUUGGCUGAACAAUUAGCUAUGACGUGCUUGGAUUCCAAGGUUGAAGGCUCUCCUAUGCAGUUAUUGAACACGCUACUUAUGCAGUAUGCGUACAGGAUUGAUCAUCAAUCCUUCAAACGAGUGAUGGAGCAUAUGGACCGUGCUGGAUUUACGCCAGAUGCAACAACCCAUGCAGCUGAUCUGCUCCGUAUGUCUUUGAUUGGCUCUGCUGACAAGGCUCGCAGGACCCUGCGUCGCAUGCAUAAGAGUGGAGUAAUCCAUGCUACAGAGGUCCAUUACGCUAUAGUUUUGCUUGGGUUUAUCAAAGUCCGCAAUCUUCAGAUGGCCCAAGCCUUGUUGAGAGAGAUUUACUCACGUUUCCCUGACUCCGGCAUAGCCUCAAGCAUUCGAAAUUUCGAGGCAGCGAUUCAUGUCAACUCAAAGUCAACCCAGCAUGAAAAACGCCUGAAGACAGCGGAAGAGGUGCUCCUUAAGUCAAUAUCCGAGCGUGGGUUGACUUCGCUGGUAAGCAUGCUUCCAUCAGCAGCAGGCCGUAAGGAGACCAUCGCCAAAUCCUUUGACACUUGGAACCACGAGUACCUUAUCAAACGGUACGGUUCCAAGGGUGCCAUGGACCUAGCUCGUGAAAUGUUCGAGCGCUAUAUGCCGACAAGUGCUGAGGAUGGAGGAGAAAACAUGCCCACUCCAAUUCGCCUGAUAAGUGCUAUGAUGAUCACGCAUUCAAGGGCGGACCAACAUCAAGAAGUUGAUGAGUGUUGGAAACUUGCAAUGUCAAGCGCCAUUAAGUUGGCCAGCAGAAUCAACGUUGAACCUCUUCUGAGAUCCUUGGCGUCUGAUGGAAAGCCUGUUUCUGAAGAAGAUCUCUUCUCUGACUCAUCUCUAUUCUUGCCAAUGGCGGACAAAAACAGGGCACCUGUUGAUAACGUUGCCGAAGGACACAAGUCAGAAAUCAUACCUGCGCGCCGCUUCACUCUCUCGAAGCCCCUCAACAUUUACAUGCGUUCAUUGGCUUACCGAGAUAAGCUCCCGAAAAUUGCUCAAGUUGUCGCUGAAGUUCAGGCAGCUGGCUUUGAAUUAUCAACCUUCAAUUGGACAACUUAUGUCCAAAUGCUUGCCGACUCCGAUAAAUUUGCUAACGUGUCUGAGGCUUUCCGGUUGAACGAGGAAAUAUUCAUGCCGAAUUGGCCAGGGUGGAAGCGACUUAAAAGGGGGCAGACUUACAAGCCCCCUGGAACCCCAAGAGGCGUAUACCUACUUGAAAAUCCCUCAGAACCAGAACAUUCGAAACAUUUCCUCGGGCGCAAGGCAACCAAGUACUGGAGUGGCGUCGCACCGGAGUUCAUGCAGCCCACAUACAAAAUGGUGGUGUACCUCGCUGCUGCUUUAGAGCAAAUUCGUGAGACUACUAUCACAAAGGGCGGGCAUCAGCUUGACGACCUUUUUGCCAUCGCACCGAUGACGGUUGAGGCAAUCAGUAAAAUGCCAUAUCUGCGUGACUGGUUCCAAGGUAUUCUUAUUCGGAAGCGUGAGAGGCAAUCUGAGAAAGAGCGGAAACCAUUCCCCAGGGGACGUGGCAUCGCAGAGGGCGGUAUCCUUGGCUCCCCAUCCCGUCUCCGUCGCCGCAAGACUGUGGAUACACUUAAGGGGCAUGAAAGCGAUAAGCUCUUGAACCAGAAGGCGGCGAAGCUUGGUACCAAAGCCAAGACUCAACCCAACCUGCUAUCUCGCACCCCCGGCGCAAAGAAAUGGGAGAACCUACUCAAAAGGGAAGAUAUGCUUGAUUUCCAGACCCAACUUGGCUACCAGAAAACGCAUAGCAGACGACUCAGCUCUCUCAAAGUUCCAAGACCAACACCCCGAAAGCCAAACUUUCGGAAAGUUUCAUUCCGACGACGGAUCUUACGGCAAACCCCCUCUCAAAAGUCAAACCCAGAAACCUGA